CCGGCGGGCGGGCGGCGGCGGUGACGGCCGGGGCCAUCGCCUGCCCGCCGGGUUUUCCCCCCCUUCCUGCCGGUCCGUCGCUCGCAGCCCGUUAAAAAGAGGAGGCAAGAUGGCCGAGCUGGGCAGCAAGGGGGUCACGGCCGGGAAAAUCGCCAGCAACGUCCAGAAGAAGCUGACCCGGGCGCAGGAGAAGGUCCUUCAGAAGCUUGGUAAAGCAGAUGAAACAAAAGAUGAGCAGUUUGAACAGUGUGUGCAGAACUUCAACAAACAGCUGUCCGAAGGCACGAGGCUGCAGAAGGACCUCCGAACUUACCUGGCUUCUGUCAAAGCUAUGCACGAGGCCUCCAAGAAGUUGACAGAGUGUUUGCAGGAAGUUUAUGAGCCAGAUUGGCCUGGGAGAGAUGACACAAAUAAAAUAGCAGAGAACAAUGACCUCCUAUGGACGGAUUUCCAUCAGAAGCUGGUGGAUCAAGCACUUCUGACUAUGGAUACGUACCUGGGCCAAUUUCCAGAUAUUAAAUCUCGUAUCGCAAAGCGAGGAAGGAAGCUUGUGGAUUACGACAGUGCCAGACACCACUUUGAAGCCCUGCAAACUGCAAAGAAGAAGGAUGAAACCAAAAUCGCAAAGGCUGAAGAAGAGUUAGUGAAGGCUCAGAAGGUGUUUGAAGAGAUGAAUGUUGAUCUGCAGGAGGAGCUGCCUUCACUAUGGAAUAGUCGUGUUGGUUUCUAUGUCAACACAUUCCAGAGUAUAGCUGGCCUAGAAGAGAACUUCCAUAAAGAAAUGAGCAAGUUGAACCAAAAUCUUCAUGAUGUCCUGCUGGGUCUAGACAAGCAGUACUCAGGCAAUGCCUUCCCUGUUAAAGCACAGCCCAGUGACAGCACCCCAGCGAAAGCAAAUAAAAGCCCUUCACCUCCACCAGAUGGAUCUCCCAUCACCAGCCCUGAGGCCAAGACUGUCAACCAUGAGCUGGAAGCAUCCACUUUGGAAGCACCUGGGGCAAGCAUCCCAAAGUCACCGUCUCAGCCUGCAGAAGCAGCCCGUGCAGGAGCUGAAGCAGCUGGAUCAGAAGCAGCAGCUGGAGCUGAAGCAUCUAAAACUGAAGCUGACUCAGGAUCGAGCUCUCUGCCUGCUGUUGUUGUGGAAACUUUCCCUGCAACCGUCAAUGGCACUGUGGAAGGAGGUGCAUCAUCUGAGAGAGCUGACAUGCCCCCAGGAUUUCUGUUCAAGGUCCAGGCCAUGCACGAUUACACGGCCACCGACACUGACGAGCUGCAGCUGAAGGCUGGGGACGUGGUGCUUGUGAUUCCAUUUGAGAACCCUGAGGAGCAGGACGAAGGAUGGCUGAUGGGUGUGAAGGAGUCUGACUGGAUCCAGCAUAAGGAACUUGACCAAUGCCGAGGGGUUUUCCCUGAGAAUUUCACGGAACGGGUGCAGUGAAAGUUCAAGCCCACCAGCUGCAUUUCUGCUGGAAGAAAGCAAGUUUUCUGGUAGAUAAUUGAAAAAAAACAACAAAAGCAAAAGAAGAGAGAAUUCUGAAGGAAUAGAAGCCUGAAAAAAGUCAACUUAAAGGGUGUGUUCUUAUCAAAGGGCAAGAUUUCAGGAGUUUAUUGAAAAUCAAAGUGUUAUUGAAAUAUAUACAUAUUAAUAAUAAUAAGGCAAUUCAGAUACCCUCUUCCACUUUGGUUUAAACAGCAUUUGGAUUCAAAGGACUGAUGCAGAAGCAACUCUGUGAGGUUCUCCAAGUACUGCAUUGACUGAAUGGUCAGAUGUCAGUCUGAUUCCUGGAAAGGCAGUAUUUGUCGAACGGCUUGAGACUAGAAGCUGCAUUUGCUCUUGGGCAGGUUAAUCUGUUUUGUCUUGAAGGUGGCUUGCAUGGCAACCAUAAAAAUUCAGCCUUCCCUACAUCUUCAACCUACAGUAGGCCAAACUUUCUGUUAUGCUGUUGAAAAAAAAUUUAGUGUAAUAGUGUUCACCACUACAAUGUAUGUGUGUGUGUGUGUAUUUUAUUUUCUUCCUUUAAAAUAAUGUUACAUAAACUGUGAUUUUAUACAUGUAAAGAUAGGAGAAACUACAUGGAAAGGGCAUGAAGAAGGUGAAAUGUGUGAAGUUGUGCUCAGUCCAAAGCUCUUGCAAAUGCAGACACCUAAAUUCUAACAGUAGUGUUGGCCUGUGAAAUCCUAAGGGGAAUGGACAAAUUCAAGAAGAGAAACAAGACAAAACGAACAGAUGCCAUUUGGAUGUCUCUGAAAUUUAGGACAGGGAAUCCUCUAACACAUACAUCCCCUUCCCCUAACCCCUCAAAAAACCAAGCCCAAACCUAUUGGUGGUUUCAGAAGAGCUUAGAUUCAUGUAGAUGGAAAAUAGCUCUAAAAUCUACUGGUUAGAAAAUUUGCUUUUAAAGACAGAGAUAAGGGAAGAAUUUUUUUUUUUCUGUAAGUAUAUCAAAGAGAAAACACUGAUAAAAAACAAAUUACUUUCUGUGCUUUUCAUUGGCAUUGUUUUUUGUGGAAUUGUAUUUCUUAUUUUCCUUUGAAGAGUUCUGUAAGUGAAAUAUUGUUAGAUCAGCUUUCUCCAGUGCUGUGCUGAUGAUCAAGUUAAUCUCUAUGAAAACUGGACUCUUGAAAUGCUUGCUUAAAAUGGCUGUGUGACUUCAUGCUAUUGUAAUGCAUUAGAAAGGAAGGCAAGAAUAUCAAAGUGUCAGUGUCAAGAAGACACUCUGCAGUCUAAUACUGAUGCUGAGUCCCUUCCUUUACCUUUCCUUUGCUUCUGUUUUUGAAUUUUGUUUUUUUUUUAGCUUAGACAAGCAGAUGACAAGGCUGUUUCUAAGUGCAUAUUACACUUGUUAAUAUAAGCCGGUCUGACUCUCCAAGACUCUAAAGUCCCACAAAGGUACUUUAUAAACUUUACUUGAAUACUGAUGCAGCUGGCAAGCAAGUCAGGCUAUUUUAAUUUUUUACAGCUUCCCCUCCUCCCCAUGAUCAUUUUGCCCUGAAGGGAUUUUUAACAGUGAGGUUACGCCGUGCUCAGGAUCAUUCUGAAAUAAUCUUCCAAACUGGAGGGAGUUGGCUUUUGUCAAAGCUGCACAACAUGCUGACAGAGUACUGAAAAUCUCACCUUUUCAAAUCUGUUUGGAUUAUUUGUAGAGUAACAGAAAAA